GCAAUCCCAAUCGAGACCGAGAGAACCCUAAUCCGCUCCUCCUCCCCCUUCCCGAUCGAGGUCGUCUUCCUCCUCUGCACAAAAACCAGAGAGAUCUUCGCCUCCCCCGAUUUUCUCUCUCUCUAGCAGCAGCAGCUAACCUUGUGUUUCCAUUGCAGACGCUCCGUGUGUGUGUGUGUGUGUGUGUAAAACCCUAAGCCCCUCUUCUCGCCGAGCUCGGAGGAGAAAGAAAUGGGGGAUGCUAGGGACAACGAUGCCUACGAAGAAGAGCUCCUCGACUACGAAGAAGAGGAAGACAAAGCCCCCGACUCCGUCAACGCUAAGGCCAACGGCGAGGCCGCCAAAAGGGGAUACGUGGGAAUUCACAGUUCAGGAUUCAGAGACUUCCUUUUGAAGCCGGAACUACUUCGAGCUAUUGUUGACUCUGGAUUUGAGCAUCCCUCUGAAGGUAAUAUAACAUACUAAAGCCAUUCUCUUGAUUUUGGAGAAAUAACCUGGUUUGAUAAACCUUUCACUUGAAAGGUUCUGGGAGGUUAUAAUUUUACUUACCGACGGUUCCUUCCAUCCAAUUUUCUUUGGUUCUUCACCAGUUCAACAUGAGUGUAUUCCGCAAGCCAUUUUGGGCAUGGAUGUCAUUUGUCAAGCUAAAUCUGGAAUGGGAAAGACUGCUGUGUUUGUCCUGUCGACUUUGCAGCAGAUUGAGCCUGUGGCAGGGCAAGUUGCUGCACUUGUCCUCUGUCAUACGAGGGAAUUAGCUUAUCAGAUAUGCCACGAGUUUGAGAGGUUCAGUGUAUACUUACCUGAUAUCAAGGUUGCUGUGUUCUAUGGUGGCGUCAAUAUCAAAAUCCAUAAAGAACUAUUGAAGAAUGAGUGCCCCCAUAUUGUUGUUGGAACUCCUGGCCGGAUACUUGCUCUAGCAAGAGAUAAGGACCUUUCUUUAAAGAAUGUCAGGCAUUUCAUACUUGAUGAGUGUGAUAAGAUGCUUGAAUCACUUGACAUGAGGAGAGAUGUGCAGGAGAUAUUCAAGAUGACCCCACAUGAUAAGCAAGUCAUGAUGUUCUCAGCAACACUCAGCAAGGAGAUCCGUCCAGUUUGCAAGAAGUUUAUGCAAGAUCCAAUGGAAAUAUAUGUCGAUGAGGCCAAGUUGACUCUUCAUGGUCUUGUACAGCACUACAUCAAAUUGAGCGAAGGGGAGAAAAAUCGCAAACUGAAUGACCUACUUGAUGCAUUGGACUUCAAUCAAGUUGUCAUAUUUGUCAAGAGUGUGAAUAGAGCUGCCGAGCUGAACAAGUUAUUAGUUGACUGCAACUUCCCCUCAAUAUGCAUUCACUCUGGCAUGUCCCAGGAGGAGAGGUUAACACGCUACAAGGGCUUUAAGGAGGGGCAUAAAAGAAUCCUGGUUGCUACAGACUUGGUUGGUCGUGGAAUAGACAUUGAGCGUGUCAACAUCGUGAUCAACUACGAUAUGCCAGAUUCUGCUGAUACUUAUCUGCACAGGGUUGGUAGAGCUGGGAGGUUUGGUACUAAAGGACUUGCGAUCACAUUUGUCUCCUCUGCCUCUGAUUCUGACAUUCUCAAUCAGGUGCAAGCACGAUUUGAGGUUGACAUAAAGGAGCUUCCUGAGCAGAUUGAUACGUCUACAUAUAUGCCAUCUUAAAUGAUUGCUUGGCGAUAUCGAAGGCUACACCGUUCGCAGAAGACGGGUUUUGCUGCCAGAGGCAUUGUGGGUUUUGUUCCUCGAACUUUCUCUGACAGACUCUUGCGUUGUGAAGAGAGUUGCAUGCUUCUGGCGCUCACCCUUUCUUUGAGGAAUUUGUAAUUUUUAGUAUUAAGCCAUCUCUACUCUGCUUUUAUCAUAUAUCCGGUGUGCCAUUAGAGUUCGAGAACUAUUUUUGACUUUUAAUUGCAGUAAUACUUUAGUGACUUAGUCCUUAGAUGUUAUCCGUAUAUCUCUUUAAUUCAGAUCAAGUAGAUGAGACGAUUCCAAUUAUUUUGGGAUUACGGAGUUUUGCUCGGGGUCGUUAGGAGCCUGUUCAAAACUGACUGUCAAAACUUUUAUUGCACGGCUGCAUUUCCAACAUGUGAACUUAAUCACGAAAGUGAUGAGGUCAAUCUGUGAAUGUCACAUCUUUCU